AUGGACACACCCACAAGUCUCUCACCCCCUCGCGAAAACCCCCAAAGCAACACCAACACAGACAUCAAGAACGAGCACAACACCAUGCACGAACCUACCAAACCAUCCGAAACAUCAAAUACUACUCCUCCAACUCUCACAUCAACACCAGAAGAAGAAACAACAACAACAACCACAACAGACCCAUCAGCCGGUCCAAUCCAAGAAAUCCUCUCCGCAACCCUCACCCUCAUCGAUACCUACAUCUUACCUCCCAGAACCCGAUCCGCGAUUCUCCGCAUCGCCGCCUCGCAUCCGCAUCUUACUUCGCUCCUUCUCUGCCAGCUCAUCUGCUCGGGGAUUCCCGUUGCGCUGUUCGGUAUGGGUGUCGUUAUUACUGCCGUGAUUGCGGCGACGUUGUUCGCGUGCGUGGCGCUUUUGGUCCUCGGGCCGGUUUUAAUGGUUACGGGGUUUAUGGGACUGUGUCUUUGGGGCUGGGCGUGGGGUUUUUAUUUGGUUGGGAGCUGGGUGCUGGGGAUGAUGGAUAAGAGUGAUGAGCUGGGAGAUGGGAAGGAGCGGGCGAAAGAGAGGAAGGGGGAAUGGUUGGUUGAGGAGAAGGAAUUGUCGGAUUCGGAGUAG